GAAAACACUGCGGCAGAGUGUGACUGCUUUUGGUUUUCUCAUCGAUCAAAAGCAUGAAGUUGUUCGUCUUGGUGGCUCUGUUCGGGCUUGGCCUUGCCCAGCACAACCCCCAAUUUAAGAAUGGAAGGACUGCCAUCGUCCACCUGUUUGAAUGGCGUUGGGCUGACAUUGCUCAAGAGUGUGAACGCUUCUUGGGUCCCAAAGGCUUUGGCGGAGUUCAGAUCUCUCCUCCAAAUGAACACAUUCUGGUGAACAGUCCCUUCAGGCCCUGGUGGCAGAGAUACCAGCCAAUCAGCUACAACCUCUGCUCAAGAUCUGGCAGUGAGGCAGAACUGAAAGACAUGAUCUCCCGCUGCAACAAUGUUGGGGUUAACAUAUAUGUGGAUGCUGUUAUCAACCACAUGUGUGGAUCUGGUGGCGGAGCAGGAACCCACUCUUCAUGUGGAAGCUGGUUUGAUGCUGGCAAAGAAGACUUCCCCAGUGUCCCGUAUUCUAACUUGGACUUCAAUGACAAUAAAUGCAAGACUGGGAGUGGUGAAAUUGAGAACUAUGGUGAUAUAUAUCAGGUACGUGACUGCCGUCUGGUGGGUCUGCUGGAUCUUGCCCUGGAGAAAGACUAUGUUAGGGGCAAAGUGGCCGAGUUCAUGAACAAGCUGAUUAACAUGGGUGUGGCUGGAUUCAGAGUGGAUGCCUGCAAGCACAUGUGGCCUGGUGAUCUGAGUGCUGUCUAUGGUCGUCUGAACAACCUUAACACCCAGUGGUUCCCCGGUGGCGCCAGACCUUUCAUCUUUCAGGAGGUUAUUGAUCUGGGAGGUGAGCCCAUUACGUCUAAUGAGUACGUCGGCCUUGGAAGAGUGACUGAGUUUAAAUAUGGUGCCAAAAUGGGAGAGGUCUUCAGAAAGUGGAACAACCAGAAGCUUUCCUACACUAAGAACUGGGGAGAAGGAUGGGGUUUCAUGGCUAACGGGAAUGCUCUCGUCUUCACUGACAACCAUGAUAACCAAAGAGGCCAUGGUGCUGGCGGUGCAUCCAUCCUUACAUUCUGGGACCCCAGGCUCUACAAGAUGGCUGUUGCUUACAUGCUUGCCCACCCUUACGGUGUAACCAGGGUCAUGUCUAGCUAUCGGUGGGACCGCAACAUUGUAAACGGACAAGAUCAGAAUGACUGGAUUGGACCCCCCAGCAAUGGUGAUGGGUCAACCAAGCCUGUUACUAUCAACUCUGACCAGACCUGUGGGAAUGGAUGGGUUUGUGAGCAUAGAUGGCGUCAGAUCACUAACAUGGUCACUUUCCGUAAUGUGGUCAAUGGACAGCCUCACUCCAACUGGUGGGACAACCAGGGCAACCAGGUUGCCUUUGGGCGUGGUAACCGUGGUUUCAUCGUUUUUAACAAUGAGGACUGGGACCUGAAUGUCACCCUGAACACAGGCUUGCCUGGUGGCACCUACUGUGAUGUCAUUUCUGGUCAGAAGGAAGGAAGCAGAUGCACUGGGAAGCAGGUCAGUGUUGGUGGUGAUGGCCGUGCCACCUUCUCAAUCAGUGGCAAAGAUGAGGACCCCUUCAUCGCUAUCCAUGCAGAUUCUAAGCUGUAAAUCCCAGAAAUAUGACUUCAAAUAAAUCUUUAAAAUUCAAAUAAAGCUUAUUUUAAAAACUGAA